GAGAGACAUAGAAAUAUAGUGACAGAAAGGGAAGAGGAAGGAGAAAGGCUGGGGAAAUACAAAUACCACAAGCAACAAGACUGAUUCUAAGCAUUCCAGGAUAAAGCAAAGGACGUUCCAUUUUGCUGCAUCGCUUUCUGCAGAGGGGGCAUUGCUUGUAAGGUCUUACAUCAGGAUGAAUGAACUAUUUUGUCAUUAAUAGAGUUUGCCAACCGCUGUGCAUGAAGCAAAUUCUUCUGUGACCAGUAGAACCAACCUCAAAGAAACAGUAUGGAUUUUGUCAUGAAACAAGCUUUAGGGGGGGCAACAAAGGACAUGGGGAAAAUGUUGGGUGGUGAGGAGGAAAAAGAUCCUGAUGCCCAGAAAAAGGAGGAGGAAAGACAGGAAGCCCUGCGACAGCAAGAAGAUGAACGUAAAGCCAAACAUGCCAGGAUGGAGGCAGAAAGAGAGAAAGUUCGGCAACAGAUAAGAGACAAGUAUGGCUUGAAGAAGAAGGAGGAGAAGGAAGCUGAAGAGAAGGCUGCUAUGGAACAACCUUGUGAGGGCAGUUUGACUCGUCCCAAGAAAGCAAUCCCACCUGGCUGUGGGGAUGAUGAUGAAGAAGAAGAAGAAAGCAUUUUGGACACCGUACUCAAGUACCUUCCAGGACCACUUCAAGACAUGUUCAAAAAGUAACCAAAACCACCAAUUUGGGACUUCUGCUCCAGCCAAACUUAUGUCCAGCAACAAGAAAAAGGGAAAGCCAAUGGAAACCUAGACUAAGAGAAAUACACAAAAGCACACACAUUGAUAACACAGAUUAGCAUAACAAGCUUUAGCACAAAUAUCGGAUGGUCUGCACAAACAAAUGUAAACAUACAUUCAUAUAUGCAGGCACACACACGUGCAUACAAAACAUGACUUUUGCUGAUUUAUAUACAUAUUUGGGAGAUUGGGCUUCUUGCCUCACACAAUAUUGCACGGACCAAGACUGUCACUGCUUCUUAAAAGUUAUUAUAUGCCGUGACGGAAUAUUCAGCUCCUGCCCAUUUUGGAGCAAUUCUACACAUGCUCAGUGCUGGGCAGGAUUCUUAGUUGGAAGGUCAGACAGGGGUUAUAUUCCUGCUCCACAUAAAUUUGCUAAAUAACAUUAAAAAAAAAAUUCUAAAUAACAUUAAAAAUCGUAAAAACACUCUUCCCGUGAGGAUGCAAGUAAAUAAAAGUGACUGAAUUCGUAUGUUGAUGUACAGAUCUUCUCCCUGCAUCUCGUAACCGGGAUUCACUCGGUGUGAUACUUGGAAACUUGGGAUAUGUUAUGAAAGGCAUGCAAUGAAAUCCUGCUGUGUUGCCAUCUGUAUCAUGUAUAUUGAGGUUUUUUUUAACACUUUUCUGCUCACUUUUUCCUUAUGUCUCCAAUGCUAAAGGGACAUGCAGUGCACAGCUUCCCUCGUUAAGUCUUUCUUAAAUAUACUUCUUGUCUUUUCCAAGAGAGCUGGUCAAUAUGCAUUCCUAUCUACACUUAAUCAGUUAUGGUGCAAUGUGGGAGCUGGAUGCAAACUGCACACCUCUUAGCAAUGGUCCUCAACGAACAGGAACAAUUAAAGAUGAGUCAGAAGGCUUGGAGCCAACCCUCAUCAGUACUUUGACAUGGACCAAGAGACUUCUUUUAGACUUCUAUGACUGUAAUGCUGAUUGCAUGCUUAGGAAAAGUAUGAGUGUUUGAUGCCUCUUUUUUUGAAAAUUGAAAACACUGUCUGUCUUAGUCCUGUGCAGAUCACCCAUAUUGACUGUUUACAUAUGUAAAUUAAGUACCAGAAUAGAACUACAUUGUUCAAACAUACAUUCACCUGUCUGCAUUCAUCAGCUCCAUCAGUUUGUUUGUUUAUCUCAUUUGUCACCCUCGAAAAAGGGCAGGCAUUUUACGGGAGUCUUUGGAAAUGUCUUUUUUUUUUUGGUCUAAGUUUUUUGGGGGGGGUUUUGUAAUCGAACCAAAGUGAAGUGUUUCUAUCUGUAUAUAUUUGUGUGUGUGUGUGUGUUUUGUCUUCUUUAUUAUCCCUGUAACAAGGUUACUUAGUUUGUUUGGUUUGAUUAUAAUGGACCAAAUAAUGAACACUGAUAAACUUAACGAUUUUUCCAUCAUGAAAAGUUUUUGUAAUGUUAAAUUUAAAAAAACAAAUAUAUAGAUAUACAUAA